AUGGAUCAACUCAAAGUGAAAGACAGAAUACUGGAAAACAUCUCCCUCUCUGUUAAAAAGUUGCAGAGUUACUUUGCCGCUUGUGAAGACGAGACCCCAGCGAUCCGUAAUCAUGACCGGGUCCUUCAGAGGCUGUGUGAGCACAUCGACCAUGCUCUGCUCUACGGCCUUCAGGACAUCUCUUCAGGUUACUGGGUCCUCGUCCUCCACUUCACCAGGAGGGAGGCUGUCCGGCAGAUAGAAGAGCUGCAGCACAUUGCCACCAACCUGGGCAGAAGUCGUGCGUGGCUCUACCUGGCGUUGAGUGAAAGCUCGUUAGAAAGUUACCUGCGCCUCUUUCAGGAGAACCAGGCCUUAUUACACAAGUAUUAUUUCAAGAAUGCCCUAGUGUGCAGUGACGACCACCUGACCCUGUUCCUCACUCUGGUGUCUGGGCUGGAGUUUAUCCGGUUCGAUCUGGAGUUGGACGUCCCGUACCUGGAUGUGGCGCCGUACAUGCCUGAGUACUACAAACCUCACAACCUGCUGGACUUUGAGGAGAGACUGCCCAGCUCCGACAGCAUCUCUUUGCACUCCUUCACCUCUCUGAAUUCCACCAACUUGGAGUGGGAUGAUAGCGCCAUCGCCCCGUCCAGUGAAGAUUUUGAUUUUGCCGACAUCUUCCCCGUGUUGCAGUCAUUGCCGAGUGCAGACUGGGAAGAAGGGGAUGUGACCAGCUGUCUGCACUCUGGAGGAUCCGACCCUCAGACGGUCGUGAGUGACCCUGUGGUGGCCUCCUCGUGUCCCGUCAAAUCUGGGAUGUACCUCUCCCCUCACAGCCCCACGUCCAGACACAACCCUUUCAACGAAGACUCCGACACCAACAACACGACCUCUGCGGACAUCACCCCCGUCCAUGUGGCCAGUCACCACAGCACGGGCCCCGACGAAGACAUGGACCUCAACAGCAACGAGCUGGAGGUCAUCAGAAUGGCCAGAAGAAGGAAACCAGCCAAGAAGCGCAGAGGGAAAGGCUCCACAGACUCCAGCUGCAGCAUCCACAACUCUGUGUCCUCAGAAAACAUGGAGCUGGGGCUGCAGGAGAGCACAGACUGCACCAUGGACUGCACCAUGGACAGUGAGGGAGAGCGGAGGAGCAAAGCAGGGACUGAGCUCCUGGAGGAAGAGGAGCAGCUGCUGCGGCUGCCAAAGAUGGCGGACACCUCCAUGGACGGUGUUGGGAAACCUCUGCGUGAUGUCAUGGACAGGAUCAAUGGGGCUCUGGAUCAGGACGAGAGCUGGGAGCAUUUGGAGGAGGAGCAUGACUCGGGGCGAGUGGAGCCCACAUCACAGCAGCCCUUUCUGGAGGACUCAGCAGGCGAGCCGCCCGACCCGGGACCUGCAGACCGGCCCACUACCCCCCUCACCAGCCCCACUACCCCUCUCACCAGCCCCUACCUUCAGGGCAUCACUGAGCCGUCAGAGAAGAGCCUCUCUGCCCCACUCAGUCCAGAGCCUGAUUCCAGCUGUAGUGGCAGCCAUGACCCUGCAGAGCAAAGCCAGCCACAGACUGUUCCAAGUGGCCAUGCGGAUGAAGGGGAAGCAGAGAGGAGAGAGAGACCCGAGUUCCAGUUGAUCCUGGAGACACACUGUGCAGAGACAGAGCAGCAGCUCAGCCCCUUCGAGGUGACCCAUCCAGCAGAGUUCAAAGUUGACAACAACCACCUGCUGCUACUGAUGAUCCACGUGUUUAGAGAAAAUGAGGAGCAACUUUUUAAGAUGCUGAGAAUGAGCACUGGUCACAUGGAGGGAGACCUGCAGCCGCUCUUCAUGUUACUCACUGACUGUUACAUUUACCUGCUGCGAAAGGGUGCUGCAGAAAAGCCAUACACAGUCGAAGAUGCUGUUUCCUACAAUGAGCUGGACUAUAUUUCUGUGGGUCUAGACCAACAGGCUCUGACUUUGGUUUGCACCAACAGAAGGAGAAAGUUUCUCUUGGAAACUGCAGACGCCUCGCUCACAAUCUGGCUGCUGUCCGUCAUGAAUUCGUCGAUGGUGAAGGGAUGUCGAGAGCCCCCGUACCCCACAGUGCUCACAGACGCCACGAUGGAAAAACUGGCUCUGACAAAGUUCGUGGCUCAGGAGUCUCAGUGCGAGGUGGCAGAGGUUUGCAUUCAUUUGUACUCUCUGGUUCACUGGGAGGACCCUCUGGACACCUGCCUGUCCCCUGUCCAGUCCCCCAGCUCCAAAGGCUCCAGCAUCAAAGAAGGCACUGUCCAGUACAAGGCCGGGACCACCUACCUGGGCAAAGAGCAGUGGAAGAGCUGCUACCUCGUUCUCAGCAAAGGAGCUCUCCAUCUUUACUCCGAGCAAACAGACUUGACUCCUCUGCAGUCUGUGACCAUGGGAGGAGAGCACUGUGGAGGCUGCAGACGCUCCAACAGCACCGAGCGCCCUCAUGCGUUCCAGGUCAUCCUGACAGAGCGCCCCCCGCUGGAGCUGAGCGCUAGUAAUGAGCAAGACAUGGCUGAGUGGAUGCAGCUGCUCUGCCAAUCUGUGUCCAAGGGGGUGAUCCCCCAGGGAGUGGCCCCCACCCCCUGCAUCCCCUGCUGCUUGGUGCUCACAGACAUGAAGCUGCUGACCUGCCACCAGGACUGUCAGACCAGCUUCUUCCGCUCACUGGGCGCUGCUGAGCUCUGUGAUGUCACUGCGGUCAGCCUAGAGGCCAACAAGGAGUACUGCAUUAUUGAAUUUGCUGCAGACCGAAGCCAGUUUCUCCCUCCUUGGGUUUUGUAUUUUAGUGGAUGUGAUGAAAGAGAUCGACUGCUUCACACUUUAAACAAAGCAUGGAAGGACAUUUACCAGGUGGACCUUCCCCAGACCGCCGUCUCGGACCAGUCUGUCCAGAAACGCUGUGGGGAGGCUCUGGCCCUGAUGAAGAGCGCGUGGCAGAGGGCGGACAGUUUGGCGCGAGGCAGAGCCCAAAGGGAACCCUGGUGCUGA